AUGAUUCUCGAAAUUACCGUUGUGCUUGCCACCCUAAGCCUUGUCCGUGCAAAGGAUGCAACCUAUGAACUUAUUAUAUCGGAUUCGGCUCUAGUGACCACUUGCAAAGAAGCUGCACCGGGCAGACUGGACAUCGAUGGCUUUAUGGACUUAUCAGAGAUAUCCACAACCUUGAAAGAGAACGGAGUUGUUCUAGCUGGAAAUAUUACCUUCGUAUGGGACAUUCAACCGCAGGAUCGUAUAAAGGCUGUUAUUAAACUUUUAUAUCUCGAUCGAGGCACCUGGACACCGACAUUUUACACCGUCACAUCAAAUGAUUUUUGCAAGUCAAUGUACGAUUCAAGGCUACCGUGGCACACGUACUGGUUACGACACGUAACAAACUACGAGGAUGUCAAGGACAAAUGUAUAAGUCCUGGGACAAAACUUAUCCUUGAGACUUACUUGUUGAGGUCGACCAUGACCAUGCCCAAAAUUCGAGAGGGAUUUUAUAAAGUCCAGUGUACCUACCAAGCUUUCGAUGUCAAUGGUACCGAGCGGCCUACAAGCGCCUGUUUCGAGGUAUAUGGAGACUUACAACAGUUUUAAAUUUAUAUCUCAUAAAUUGUAAAAAUUUGUUUCAACAAAAGUGGAUUUGCCACUACAACUUGAAAUGUUAAUU